AAUUUAUAAAUAUCAUAAUUGUCGCGGUUUCACCCGAACCUUUUAAACGACGGACAGGAAGAACCCGGAUGUAAACAAGUGUAGCAAAAUGGCGGCGCCCUUGCUCAGAUUCUUCGGAAAGGUGAGCAGACAGCUGACCCCGCCAUGGGCUUCCUGCCGGCCGUCUCUGCGUCUCCUCUCCUCUCCAGCAGCCGGAUGUCCUCCUUUACAGACGUUCUCCGAGGAGGAGGCCAUGAUGAGGGAAACGGUGAAGAGGUUCGCUCAGGAGCGCGUCGCUCCGUUUGUGUCUCAGAUGGAUGAAACCUCGACGAUGGAGCCGGAGGUGCUCAGCUCUCUGUUCCAGCAGGGGUUGAUGGGGAUUGAGAUAAGCACAGAGUAUGGUGGUACAGGCUCCUCCUUCUUCUCCUCCAUCCUGGUGAUUGAGGAGUUGGCGAAGGUGGACCCGUCCAUAUCGGUGCUGUGUGACAUCCAGAACACGCUGAUCAACACGCUGAUGAUUAAACUGGGCACCGAGGAGCAGAAGAAGAAAUAUCUCCCACGCCUCGCUUCUGACACGGUGGGGAGUUUCUGUUUAUCCGAGGCCGGCUCCGGGAGCGACGCUUUCUCUCUGAAGACUCGAGCGGAGAAACGCGGUGAUCAUUACGUCAUAAACGGAUCAAAGAUGUGGAUCAGCAGCGCCGAGUACGCAGGAGUGUUUCUGGUCAUGGCUAAUGCAGACGUCUCAGCUGGUUACAGGGGGAUCACGUGCUUCAUCGUGGAUCGGGACACAGAGGGGCUUCACAUCGGCAAGAAGGAGAACAAACUGGGGCUGAGAGCCUCAUCCACCUGCGCACUCAACUUUGACAAUGUCACGGUGAGCGAGAAGAACAUCCUGGGUGAAGUGGGUCAGGGAUAUAAAUACGCCAUCGGGAUGCUGAACGAAGGCAGGAUCGGUAUCGCAGCACAGAUGCUGGGUUUAGCUCAGGGGUGUUUCGACCACACCAUCCCCUACACCAGGCAGAGGGUCCAGUUCGGCAAACGCAUCUUUGACUUCCAGGGGAUGCAGCAUCAGAUUUCUCAGGUGGCGACUCAGCUGGAGGCGGCGAGGCUGCUGACCUAUAACGCAGCGAGGCUGAGGGAGGCGGGGCGACCCUUCAUUAAAGAGGCCUGCAUGGCCAAGUACUUCUCCUCAGAGGUGGCCACAUUAACUACAUCAAAGUGUAUCGAGUGGAUGGGAGGCGUCGGCUUCACCAAGGAUUAUCCUAUAGAGAAAUACUACAGAGACUGUAAGAUAGGAACCAUCUAUGAGGGAACGAGCAACAUUCAGCUGAGCACCAUCGCAAAGUACAUCGGGCAAGAGUACGACUCCUGAACACACACACACACACACACACACACAGGCUGUAAUGUCAGAAUGCAGCAGGUGUGUGUUUAUAGAUUUCGUGAUUUCUUUUUGUUUCCGUUAUAACGUGGAGGAACCUGAUCCACACUAACGUACUGUAUCUGUUUAUUAUAAACAUAAUCACGUGACUCUCACCGGUGUGAGACAAAUCCACGUCAAAUCAAUAAACAUAUUCAGAAAUGGGUUUAAUAAUCUCCAACCUUAACACUAAUUUCAUAUUAGAGAUAUUUGCAUGUGGGAAGAUGUCUUUAUCUAUUAUUUAUAAAAAUAAAAUAAAAUACAAUCUGAAGGAGACGACGUUACAGUAAUCCACAUCAUUUUCUUUAGUUUAGUUUUUUUGUUUUAAACGACCUUUUACUUUAAGUUCAAGAUUCUUUAUUGUCACUAUACAGGUGUAGAGAAAAUUUUUGAGCAAUCCGUGUGGUGCGUCACAUAUUAUAAUUUAAUAAUAUAAAUGAAAAUAAUCAAUAAUUAAUUAAUUUCCUGUUCUUUCAAGCACAUAAAGCAUUUCAGCUAACGAGUAACACUCCCUUACAUCGUACAUGACAUUAUUAAACGACCCUAUACGUCUAAGCAGUAAUUGCCCUUGAAUUCAAUUGACAUUGAAUCGUACGGCCAAAAGUAUUGGAACAAAGACAAUUAGGAUAAGGUUGAAUCCAGAGAAACGUUUAGACAGUAAACAGCAGUGAAGCCAAAACAACCACAAGUACGAAGUAGAGAAGACACGCAGGAGGGAAGGAUACAAUAAAAUAAAAUGAACCAAAUACAAGGAAGUAUCAUACAGUAUGUAUUUACGCGUGCAUAAAAAAACCCGUAUGCAUAACUGAGAACUUGAGAAGUCAUUGUGUGUAAAUAUUGUGUGUGAGAUUGUCCAGCAGUCGAGAGAAUAGACACGUACAGUGUGAGUUCACUCCUCAUCAGUUCUGAGACGGUGGACACUAUGGUGGUGGACCCCCUCGUUAAAGACACUAAUGUCUGUAAGGUAUAAACGACCUCCUCUAACACUCCUUACAGCAGUGAGCCCUGACCGAGGUCCUGAAUGCUCUUCUGUUUUUACUGUGAAUAAAGUGGAGGAGAGUUAUUGUUGAAUAUUCUGUAUUUUUGUUUGUUUGUUUGUUUGUUUGAUUGACCACUGAAUCCCGUGAGCUCUCCUGAGCAGCUUAUCAAAGCCGAUCACACACACACGUGAACAACUCAUUGUUUUAAUGACAUUCUUACAUUCUAUAGUACUCUGGCGUAACUCGCUUAAUCCCUGCCAGCUCGAUUGUGUCUCGAAGAUCAUGUAAAUCUAAUCAUAUUAAAAUUUUAUUUGCCACAUACACAGUUAUGAUAUACAGUGAAAUGUUUCAACAACUUCCCAUGACCUAAAAAAUUAAAGAAAAUGGAGUAUUUAAAUAAAGAAUGUAAACUAAGUUUAUUUAAUAUUAAAAAAGAAAAAUAGAGUAUACAAAGAAGAUUUUCAAAUAAGGAGUAUAAAAUAUGAAAUAAGAAUAUUAUAAAUAUUAUACAGUAUAGAAAAUAUUUGGCUGUAAAAUGUACACUUUGUAAAAGUAAUAAAAUAGAAUUGAAAUGGAAAUGUCCAGUACAGAAAUUUGCUACAUGAGUUUACGUCCAUCCAUUAACUAAACAAGCUGAUUGUAAUUAUCAGGACUCUUCUGUAGGAGAGACCCCAUUAGUGACAUCACCAGUUUACCGCACAGGGAGCACCAUCGCUCAUGUCAUAUUGUCCUAAUACUUCUGUACAUCUAUUGGUUUAGCUUUGCUUUAGCAGUCUACACUGAGUUACUGAACAUCAUAAAAUGAUUGUAAGCUUUUUUUCUUUCUUGCUGUCAGUAUGUAGUGUUUUGUUACAGAUUUGUGAUCUGGAAAAAAAAACACAAUUAUAAUAGUAAUGUUCUAUCCAAGUUCAGAAUAAAUGAUUACAAGCUAGCUAUCUCUGAUUGAAAAAACUUCAGUGCCUUGGUAUCAACUUUAAUAGACUGGCUGCAGUAAAAACAGGAUUAUUGUGACUUCUGUAUGGCCAUGUUAGAUGUCUGCUCAAACAUUUUAUACAAAUAAAAUAAAAAAUAAAUCGA